ACCACCUCAAUUACAACGAUUAAUUGAGAUUGCCAACACUGAUCAUGGAUGGUUGAAGAUAAUUAAUUCAAUGAUAAAUGUUAUUGGUACACAUGCUGCUAAAGGAUUAGUUGAAAAUGAUCAUAUUGGACCGGCUGUAAUUAUUCUAUUAUUGGAAGAUUCACAACUUCCAACACGUGAAUUGAUACGUGAUUUAUUAGCAUUGUUAAAUCCAUAUUUAGAUCUUCCUAUUCAUAGUCCUUGUGAUGAAACAAUUAUAAAACAUCGAAAUAUUUGUGCUAUAUUAUCAUUUUUAGCCGAAAAAUUGGCCGGUUCAUUAAGCGUUAAUUUAUUAUCAAUGAGAAUUAUUAAAUUUUUAGAAAAAAUUAUUAAAGAUAAAUAUAAUCAUUUACAUGUAUUAUUUGCAUUAAAUUGUGUGGAAAAAUUUGCUCGAACAAAUGAAAACAAAGAGAUAAUAUUGAAAAAUUUCGAUAUUGUAAAAGAAUUAUGUGAAUUGGAAAAAUAUUUACAAUAUUUUUCCAUACAAACAUUAUAUUAUUCAUCAACAAACGAAUUAUUAAAAUAUCAAUUAGGUUUUUGUGCACAAUGGUGUUUAGAUAAUGUAUUCACGAAAAAAGGAAGAAAAUUUUCCUACAAAAAAGUCGAUUAUUCUAAUCUAAAUGUUAUUUUGAAUGUGAAUGAUAAAACUGAAUUCCUUAAACUUUCACCUGAUGGAUUAUCAGCUCGCUGUGAUACUUAUACAUUCGAAUGUGUACGAUCCAAUUAUCCUGUAUCAUCGGGAAUCUAUUUCUAUGAAGUUAUUCUGUUAACAAGCGGUAUUAUGCAAAUUGGUUGGGCAACCAAAUCAACAUCAUUCAAAAAUCAUGAAGGCAGUGGUGUUGGUGAUGAUGCUCAUUCAAUUGCAUUUGAUGGAUGUCGAAGAGUAAUCUGGCACAAUAUGACUAAUUACGAACAUAAUCUUCCAUUAUGGAAUGCUGGUGAUAUUGUUGGAUGUUUGAUUGAUUUUACUAAAAAACGUUUUAUAUUCUAUUUGAAUGGAAAAAAGAUUGAAAUUGGUCGUAAAAUUUCAAAUAAAAUCAAUCUAGUAUUUUCCGAUGAACCAUAUUAUGCUGCUGCCAGUUUAAUGUCUUAUCAACAUUGUCAUUUUAAUUUUGGUCAAUCACCAUUUAAAUAUCCACCGAAAAAAUAUAAAUUUAAAGAUUUUAAUUCAGAAGCAAUCAUUACAAAUAAAGAUGAUUAUAAAGUGAUUCCAAUGCGUGUUAGAAUUAAAGCUUGUAAUAAGUCAUUUUCAUUUUCAAGUAGCAAAAAAAAUCUAUGUAACAUUUGUUGUGACAAAUCAGCAAAUGUUAGAUUAAAGCCUUGUGAUCAUGAGGGAAUCUGCAGUGAUUGUGCUAUCCAAAUGGAACAAUGUCCAUUCUGUCGUGAAACAUUUGUUCAUUUUGAAGAUUUAUAAUUAAUUUUAUUUGAUUUUAUUUCCCCCUUUUUUUUAUUUGCACAAAAUUUUUAAUGACCAAUUUAUUAUGUGUUAUUAUUAUUAAGUCAAUUGCAUG